UAAUCCUAAUUAGCGUGGCCCUCCAGGGAAACAAAGGCGCCAAAUAGAAGGCGCCAAAUAAAAAUUAAGGCGCCAAACCAUCAUACAGUUUUUCAGAAAAUAGAUUAAGCUUUACAUAUGGCACAUUAUUAUCGGAUCACAAUCAUCUUCUUCGCAACAACAAUGGCCUCUCUAUCUAAUCUUCCAAGGUCAAUCAAGGUCACCGAUUCACUGCAUGAACAAGUGACAACCAUGUCGACGGAACCAGCUGCCUCUGCUGAAACGUCUGUACUGCAUCAUCCAGGGACAAGCUUUCAUGGUAACCUGGAAGGGGAAUUAGAGACGGUAAGACUUCAUAAUGUUUUCACUUUCUUUUAUUAGUAAUCAUUGAGACUUGAUCACUACAAGCACAUCAUAUCUCCGUUCAGUAAAUCUCAUAGAAGUUUUGCUUCUUUUCUAUUAGCCCUUUUUUUUUUGUUCUGUAAGUUUCAUGAAAGUUUUUCUUCUUUUCUAAUUUGUCUCAAAUAAAAAACUGGUAUAUUAAUCAGGAUCCUAGUAAAAUCGAAGCUACUCCACAAGCAGAUCCCUCCAAAGGGAAGGCACCAAUCAUCGGUAUGAAAUUCAACAGUGAACAAGAGGCAUAUGAUUUCUAUAAUGCCUAUGCUCGGGACAUGGGUUUUAGCAUUCGAAGAAGCAGUUGCCAUUAUGUGAAAGAUUCCACCAUAAUAAAGAAUCGGACAUUUUGUUGUUCUCGUGCAGGUACUAGUUCCAACUUAUAUUUACAAAGUUCAGUGUUCAUAUAGAAUUCAUAUACUGAGUUAGUUUUAUUUAACAAUAGGUACUCAUGGUCAUGAUAAAAGAGAAGACCAAAUUUCAAAUUACGGUCAGUGUUUUAGUAGGCCAGAAACACGAUGUAUGUGUCGAGCAUGCAUGAAGAUAAGUCUUAGGGAUGAUGGAUUGUAUUGCAUAUAAGAAUUCUUGCACGAGCAUAACCACAUUCUUGCUACUGGAAGUCAGGCCCUCUACUUAAGAUCUCAAAGGAAAAUAACUGAAGCACAGAUGGCAAGUGUUGAAAAUGCAAAAUCAGUAGGCAUUUCUAAUAAGGCUACUAUUGAUUUAAUGGCAAAAGAAGCAGGUGGAUAUGAGAAUCUUGGAUUUACUCGUGAAGACAUGAAGAAUAGAUUAUAUUCAAAGAGGUCACUGAAGGUAAACGAAGGUGACACAGGGGGAGUCUUGGAAUAUAUGGAGAAAAAAUCAUCGGAAGAUGUUAAUUUUUUCUAUUCCAUUCAGGUUGAUGAGGAUGACUUGAUAACAAAUAUUUUCUGGACUGAUUCUAAAAUGAUUGCUGAUUAUUAAGUUUUUGGUGAUGUUCUUUGUUUUGACACAACAUAUAGAAAACUAAAUGAUGGUCGUCCAUUUGGUUUGCUUGUUGGUGUGGAUAAUCAUAAGAAAAGCGUUGUUUUUGGUGCUGCACUUUUGUAUGAUGAAACUGCUGAUAGUUUUGUUUGGCUUUUCAAGACAUUUUUAAAAGCCAUGUCUGGAAAGAAGCCACAGACUAUAUUGACCGGUGAAGACGCAGCAAUGGCCAAAGCAAUCAAGUUAGUCAUGCCAGAAAGUCAUCAUAGAAUUUGUGUUUGGCAUAUGAACCAAAAUGCCUGCAAACACCUUGCUGGAGUUGUGAAGGAGUACAAGAAAUUCAAUGCAGAUUUUCAGAAUUGUAUUUAUGACAAAGAGGAGGAAGAUGAAUUUAUAAAUGCAUGGAAUAGAAUGCUUGAAAAGUAUGAUCUGCAGGAGAACAAAUGGCUUGAGAGGCUAUUUCAGAAAAAAGUGCAAUGGGCAUUAGUGUAUGGGAGAAACACAUUUUCUGCUGAUAUGAGUGGAACACAGAGAAGUGAGAGCAUGAACAAUGAAUUGAAGGGCUAUAUCAGUGUGAAAUAUGACAUACUUACCUUCUUGGAACACUUUGACAGGUUGUUGUCAGACAAAAGAUAUGAGGAAGUCAAAAAUGACUUUAAGACAACACAAAGUACACCAUGGCCAAAAGCAGAUUUGACAAUAUUAAGGCAAGCAACAAGAAUUUAUACUCCAGCAAUAUUUAAAGUGUUUCAGGAACAAGUGUUGCAAACAUUGAACUGUGACCUAUACUACUGUGGUGAUAUUGAUGCUAAAAUGGUGUACAAAUUAAAAGUUCACAGUAAGCACCAUGAGCAUAUUGUAAAAUUUUCUCCAACAGAAGAUAAAGUCAGGUGCAGCUGCAAGAAGUUUGAAUUUCUCGGAAUCUUAUGUUGCCAUGCAUUGAAGAUACUUGAUGUUAACAAUAUAAAAGAAAUUCCUAAGCAAUACAUACUACAAAGAUGGACCAUUGAUGCAAAAUCUCUACAUAUAAAGAGCAACUGCAGUACUCAAGAAGAUCCUAAAAUAAAGUUAUCAACACGCAGGAGAGACUUGUGCAGAAUGUUUGUUAAAAUAGCUUCUCGAGCUACAGAAUCUGAUGAAACAUACUUAAUGGCUGCCAACAAUGCACAAAAGUUAGCAGAAAAUGUGGAGAAAUACUUGAGUAUAAGGCCUGAUCAAGAUUUGGAUAAAUCAGGUUUGUAUCAUACUCUGAAUUGAAUAGUACUUAUGCUAGUGACUACUAUGUUAUAAUCUAAAUUAGAUAUCUCAAAAAUAUUUUAUCAUAGGUAUAGAGGAAAAUGUUGGCCUGAGUAAAGCAAGAGGCAUAAAGGUAAAGGAGAAAGCCAUUCGUGGGUCGAGGAGACCAAUUGGUGGUUUUGACAAGGCAACACAACGGAGUAAAAAGAAAAAGAGUGAUUCAAACACAUCAAAGUGUCCAGUACAAGCAGAGGUGGUAACACCAUCACUGC